UUGUGGGUAUCUUGUGUUUCCUCCUGGGCCGUGACAGCCAGUCAGCUGUUGCAAACUUUUGACAUACUUUUGAGAGCUCUGUUUAUCUGCCGUGUGUGUUCGGAUGGUGGAUCACACUGGAAACACACUUUCUGCGUUUUCACCGGCCAUCGAGCGCGAAUCUGCCCGGUUUUUGAGGACCUGUCGACAUAUUUAGGAAAAGAAGAAGAAGGAGAAGCAGAAAGCCGCGCCGUCGGAAUGAGUCUGAACGAGCACUCCCUCCAGGCUCUGUCCUGGAGAAAGCUCUACUUGAGCCGAGCCAAGCUAAAAGCCACCAGCCGCACUUCUGCGCUGCUGUCGGGCUUUGCCAUGGUGGCGAUGGUGGAGGUGCAGCUGGAGCGGAAUCAUGCGUAUCCUCCGGGCCUGCUUAUAGCUUUCAGCGCCUGCACCACCAUUCUGGUGGCAGUGCACCUCUUUGCCCUCAUGAUCAGCACAUGCAUCCUCCCCAACCUGGAAGCCGUGAGCAACGUGCACAACCUCAACUCUGUGAACGAGUCUCCCCAUGAGCGCAUGCACCGCCACAUAGAGCUGGCCUGGGCUUUCUCCACAGUGAUAGGCACCCUGCUCUUCCUGACGGAGGUGAUGCUUCUGUGCUGGGUGAAGUUCCUACCGCUCGAAAGCAGAACGGCCAACAACACCGUAGCCAUAACGUCCGGCGAGGCAGCCGCCAUUGCGUCCACGUGCAUCAUGGUGCCGUUUGGAAUAGUUUUUAUCGUCUUCGCCGUCCACUUUUACCGCACACUCGUCAGUCACAAAACGGACCGGCAGAUCCGAGAGCUGGAGCAGGUCAUUCGGCUGCAGAACCAGCUGGACCACAGGGCAGAAAACGACGACCUGAAGGCCGCCGUCCAUUACCCCUGAUUGUAGCCAAUGAUCGUACAAAUGCAGAGACACUCAGCAGUGCCUUCAGUAUGAAAACCCUUUUUAAAAAGCUUUAUUUUUUAAGUUUUUCAAACACGCUCAGACGUUUUUCUUCUGAAAUUGCAAGCUGGGUCUGUUCAGUGUUGUACAUUUUGGCUCGGUCCUCUUUUGGAUGUUGCAUGUUCAAAAUCUUUGACAUUAUUUAUAUUAGUUUAACCUUCGGGGUGUUUGUACGUCCUUUGUUUUCUCUUGCCACCGGUUCUUUGACUUCAAUGAAAUAAUCAAUUUCAUUAUCAGUCACAUGAUAAGUGAAGCGUUUUAAUUGGGGUUCACGUGGGAAGUGGUGUCCAGCGGCGUUAUCCACCAAGAGACAGAUAUCAUCUUAAAGCUCCAUGGUGGUGUUAUGAUUGAUUCACAUCUAAAAUGUCCUUGGUUUGAAUCCAUUUAGUGGAUUUGUUUUUUUUAAGUCGGAAUGUUUUCCCACAUGUGUGGCUUAGUUUAAAUCAACUGGUUUUUACCCCACAGUCCAAAGAUCAUGCAGUUAAGGUUACUGGUUACCGAAAAGCCCCUAAGAUGAUGAAUGUGUGAUUGUAUGCAUAUCUGUGUUUUCCCUGUGAGGGACUGGUGAGCUGUCCAUAGCGUGUCCUGCCUUCGACCAUAGUCGACUGAUCGGCUGGUGCCCUCAGCUUUACAUGAAAUCUUGUAUAGAAGUGAAGUGAUGCCAAAGAUUUAUUAUCAACUCAUUUAUCUAUAUUGAAAACAUAAUUCUAUCUGCACCAAAAUGCACGAGACAAGGUACUUUUUUUCCAUAUUCAGCAAGCCUUAGUCCUUCAGGUUUGUUUGAUGCACAACUCCUGAUAGUUUUUUUUUCUGCCUUAUCAGCUUUUUUGGUUCUGUUUACUCACCUGAUAUUUUGAUGAUUCUCCUUUCUGAAAAGCUCUAAAACCUGUAUGCAUAGGAAAAAAAAUAUGCACCUGAGUUUCAAGUCGGUUAAAAAAAAAGCUCAAAUACUGUAGAAAGAAUACCAAAGAAUACAAAGGAUAAAUACAAAUGCUUCUAGCCAAAGUUUGUUGUUAUGUCAUUUACAGGAUGGGUCAAAGUGAAUUCAAAAAGGUAUUAAGGGCAUUUUACCAGUACCUUGUUUGCAAUCAACACGUGUGUCUUAUCUGGUUAUAAAAUGAAUUUUACGUAGUAAUUUGACAAUUUUGCUUGUUUUUGACCUUUACUGUUUUUAUUUAAAUCCACUGCAAACCCUACAAAAAAUGGUUACGGAAUUUGAAGACAUGUUGUUGAAUGUUUAUUGAUGAAGCUUGAACAUUUUGAAUGAUGUUCUCUUACUUUUCAUAGUUUACAUUGUAGAGCAUGUUCACACUUGAGUGUUAAGUUGAAGAUUUAUGUGUGGAAUUUAUGUGUUUUUGUUUUGCCUUGUGACACAUCGCUGAAUAGUUUUCUUGUUUUUGCACAUUUUACUGUCUUUACUGUAAAACUGGUACAUAAAACACAUCUUGAUAUCGAAAAACAUUUAUCCCCCAAAUAUCAACGAAACAUAACACUUUUAUAAUUUUAUUUUAGGUCCUGAAUAAAAUACCGUUACUGAAUAUGUGCCUAUAGGUCAAGGUAAUGCUGUGAAACGUUUGCAGUACCAAUUCUCUAUACUUUAUACUGAGUCUUUGUCAUGAAAUACAUUCUUAAGAUUAAAUUUGCAUCCAAACUGUGUGGGUCACAUGAUAAACCUCUCUGAAAAACUCUACAGAUGCUUGGUGGUUGGCAAACGCUGUAGUAAAAUGGUCAUUACUCCUUUAACCAUGUUAUUUUUAGACUUUUCUCACUGGGGGAAAAAAGGACUGAAGCUGAUUUUGGAUUGACUGUGCACCAUCAAUCAAUCGCUUCUGAUUAUUACUACCAGACAAGCAUUCUUGAAAAAAUAAGCCAAACAAUGCAAGUGGAGGCAUUUUACUUUGGUUCAUUUUUGUGGUGUAUUUAUUUUACUAAAUGUAUCUUCCUGUAUAUAAAGUACAUGUUUGUGUCGGUGCAUAAUCGCUGUGUUUUUUUCACUAUGUUGGUGGCAGAUUUUUGACCUGGUCAGAGUCACCGUGGCUUUUUGUGGUGCUUGUUUGAAAAUUAAAAAAAUAUAUAACUGGA